UGCGCUCUCUAGAGAUUCACUAGAGACAACUAUUUUCAACUCUUUUAGCUAUUUAUUUUGGAACUUAACUUCAUGCUUCUAAAUAAUUUGUCUCUACUCUGUUAAUUUUUCAAUUUUAAACAUUCUCUAUUGACUUCCUGCUAUUAGUAGAUGAGGAUUUCACACAUUCAUUCGCCUGCCAUUGCCCUCCCGCCAGUUGUAGUCACAAUUCACUUUUUAGUUAAAUCAAUAUAUAUUUACAUAAAUAUGUGUGUAUGUACCUUACUAUGAUUAUAUCUGCUUUCCUAUACAAUUUUUUUAACCUGGAGUAAUUAUAUAAUUUUUCUCUUCUUAGGUUUUUAUGUUUGUAUUGCUAAAUUUUCUGUUUUUUAUUACAAAUGCUCUGUGACAAAUUACCACAAAUUUAGUGGCUUAAAACAACACCAGUUUAUUAUCUUAUAAAUCAAAUCAAGGUGUUGAUAAGACUCUAGGGAAGAAUCAUUUUCUUUCUUUUCCGGUUUCUAAAGGCUGACCACUCUCUGUGGCUCAUGACACUUUCUAGAUCACUUCUACCUGACCAUUUUCUGACUGACUCUCCCACCUUCCUUUUAUAAGGAUGCUUGUGAUUACCUUGGGCUCACACUGAUAAUCCAGAUAAUCUCUCCAUCUCAAGAUCUUUAACUUAAUCACAGCUGUAAAGCUCCUUUGGAACAACAACAAAAAAAUCUAUAUUCACAGGUUCCAGGGAUUAGAACAUGGAUGUUUAGUGGGGGAAGGAGCAUUAUCUGAUUCACCACAGGCUCCAAAAGAUCUGUGAAAUGCCUGUUAGUAUUAUUAGAUGAUGUACCAGUGUCAAUUUCUGAGUCUUGGGGUCUUGCACAUGGGAUAUGGUUCCUUCUAGUACAUACACAUAGGCUGUAGCCUUUUAUGGUAUGUGAAGGGAGGAAGCUAUUGUGCCAAACAUGUAUUAAUGUCACUUGGGCAGUACUGUCUCCUCUCUCAUUCUCUUUAUGAGAUUAAACCUCUUUUAAUCUUGAACUCUGAUUUUAGUGGGGUUCUGGAAAGAAAAAGAUAAUCAAGUGUGAUCAUGUUUAUCUGGUAGUUGUCUUUCAUGCCAAUUUAUAGGGGGUUUUGUUUUUCUUUUUAUGGCGCCAAGAAGGAAGAGUUUUGACUGUAAUUCAGGCAGGUGGCCAGGAAUGAAAAACUGGGAGAGCCAGUUUAAUUUGAGUAAUAGAGCUAAUUUUCCAGAACAUUCUGUGCAUGACCUGCUGUAGGAAUUUCUCUUCACUUUAGAGAGAGCUAGUGUGACCUGAUGGAGGAGCAAGGGCUUAGGGGUCAGGCAGACUUAGGUUUGUUCCCAACUCUGCAACUUGCUAUCUCCAUGACCUCUCUGAUCCUCAUUAUCCUCACCUGUAAAAUUGGGAUAAGAAUAAUUGAUUACUUUUUGUGUGCCUGGCUCACAGGCCUCCUGACCUAGAAGCCAAGACUGCCCCAUAUUCCUGCCAUGUACCCCAGCCCUCUCGUCUACUGCAGCUGCUGGGACCCUUGCAACUUGGGACCACGGAAGCUAAUCAAGACACCUCAGCCACCAAGAAAGACCUCCACAGGGAAGCCCAAGCUAACUCUUCCUCCAGCUUCAAAAAAACAAAAUUAUGUCCAACCAACAACGAAACCUCUUGUCUCCCCAAAUGUGAAAAGCCAUUUAGGAAAACAAGAGGAGAGCAAUAAUUUACCUUAUGAAGUAAUCAACGUGUCACCUGGCUAUCGCCUCUUUCGGAAUAGAGAGCAAAUUUCCGUCACCUUGGGAGAUGAGAUGUUUGAUAGGAAAAAGCAUUUGAAGUCAGAGAUCAUGGACAAAGUCAAAAUUUCCAGGACUGAUAUCAUUGCUGACCUAGAAGAGCAGAUCUCAGAGCUGACGAUGAUAAUAGAGCAAAUGAACAGAGACCACCAGUCUGCCGAAAUAUCGCUCUCCAAUGAAAUGGAUCUCCGCUGUGCUGAAAUGAAGCAGAGCUUUGAAAACAAGAACAGGGAGCUCAGAGAGGCUCACAGAGCAGAACUCAAAGAGAUGGAGAACAACUACAAAGCAGCCUUAGAAGCAGAGAAGCUGGCUGCUGAGGAAAAACUAGAGGAAAUGGGAAAGGAAUACAAGUACUUGAAGACUAUGUUUCUUAUGUAUCAGGACAGCAUUUAUGAUGAAAUGGAAGAUAAGUGGUCAAGGAAGAAGGCAGAAUGGGAGAGGGAUGAGAAGCUGGAGCGGGAAAAGAUCCUGCUACAGCAAAAAAAUAAGAUGACAAAAAAGUUUGAGCUAGAGUCAGAAGAAGAAAAGAAGAAAAUAAGCGAUUCCUACAGUGCUGUCUUGGAGAACCUCAAUCAAGAGAAGGAGGAACUCUUGAAACAACAUGAAAAGGACACCUUGCUAUUAGAGGAGCUAAAAAAGACCAAAGAGAUCAUAGAGGAAGAGUUGCUUGCUCAAGCUAGUAUCCUAGAAUCACUUAACACAACCCUCUACCAAACCCAGAUAGAACUCCAGAGAGAGAAAGCUGCAGUGGGAAAUCUGGAGAAAACACUCCAGACCAAGCUUGCUGAAUCUGAAGAGAAGUUUAAACAUACCAUACAGCUCUUGACAGAGGAAAACAUUCAUCUGAGGCAAAAGAUAAUUGCCAAGAAUGAAGAAAUAUAUGAGGAACAAUCUGGGAGAUCAACCUGUAUUACUAUUUAUGAGGAUGAUUCUGAGACUGUAGAAUAUAGUGACAACAAAAGAUAAGAAUUGUGAGCAGAAAAGUUGUUCUCCAUAAUUGGAGAUGGUAGGAAUACCAUCACUGUAAGCCUAGAGGACUCAUGUAAGGUUUUCUUGAGAAACACAUAUGAUGAGUUUGGUUUGGGGUUGCCUUGAUUCUACUUCUGUCUUUUCAACAUUUGCUUUCCUCUGAGUGUUUGGGAUUGUAUUGAUUCUCAUCUCAACUACAUAGAUUUUUCAUGACACUUCAUUGUGAAAAGUGACGUUCUCUAUACCUAGAGCUGAGCUUUCUCUGGGUGUGCCAUUUUCUCUUCCAUUUUAACAUAUUUCUUUGUGAAGACAGUGAUCUGAAAAUUUUCUUCCUACUAAAUGUUGACUGUAUUUUGGACUAUACCUUUUGCCCCCCUGGGGCAUUUAGCUAGCAAGAAAGAAUUAAUUGGUUUGAUUACAAAAACCUUUCUUUUUUACAUGUGUUCCCCACUCUCCCACCUCCCAAUCAGGUUUCCUGAACUAUGAUUUAGGAAGAGUUUCUGAUGAUUCUCACCACCUUCUCCAAACCAUUGUUAGAAUUCAAGUGCCUACAGGGCAGGCAACAUAAAUAAGUGAAGUGGGCUGGACAUUUGGAAAAACAAUCCCACAGAUGCACUGAUAGUUGGUAAUUGGCAGCAGUUUCAGUAGAGGAGAUUGAGGUGUCGGGGCAGUGAGAGAACUCAUUCCAUUGCUGCCAUACAGGAGCAUUGGGUCAAUGUGGUUAAAUAUUUCGAUUUUUCAAAAGAAAGUAUUCUGGUUUUUAUGUGACAUCUCCCAAUUUUUAAAUAUGAACAACCCAUUUUUAAAAAAAUACAACUGUGUGAGUCAACAUUGGGAGGCUCAAGCGAAAUAACUGUGAUUUAGAUAUUUUCUACCUGUGAGAUGCCAUCAGCUAAAAAACAAAACAAGGAAAACAACAUCCAAGGAGCAAUAAGAUUAAAUUAUAUUUUAUUAAAAAGAUUUCAAGUAAAUUGAAGAUAUAAAUUACAAAUUUAAAAGCAUGGAAGAAGCACAGCAUUACUAGCAAAAAAGAAAAUCAAACAUUACAGAAGUACGCGUAUAUUAUAAGAGCAAUAAGAGAAAAGGCUGAACAGGGAGUUUGGAAAAAGAGUAUAGCAAAUCUGUAAACAUAUUUUUAAUUUUAAUGUAAGAAUUUCUUACAUUAAAGCUUUUCAUGUAAGAAAAUCUUCUCCAAUUUGUAUUUUAAAGCAACUUUCAAUGGAGUUCAGGGAAUAUUAAUUAUUUUGAAUUAAAGUUACUUGAGAAGUUACUGCAAGAUGGACAUUCUAAUCCUUUUUUAUUCCCCCUGAAAGCUGACAUUAAACCUACUAUAUGAAAAGCACCCUCCAUGUGCAAACACGGUAGAAGCCACUGUAUUACCAGAGAUAGGGAAUACAGGCUAAGAAGGCUUCGUAAACAAACAAAAAAAAC